GAGUUGCUCAGGGUGAUGAGGACAAUCGAUGAUAGAAUUGUCCACGAAUUAAACACUACGAUUCCGACAGCUUCCUUUGCGGGGAAAAUUGAUGCCGGCCAGACGUGUAAAGAGCUGUACCAGUCUCUGAUGGAUGCUCACACCAGCAGAGAGAGAAUCAUCAAAAGCUGCAUUGCUCAGACUUCCAGUGUAGUGAAAACUCUCAGAGAAGAGAGGGAAAAGGCCCAGGAUGACGUAGCGUUAUUAAAGCAGCUCAGGAAAGAGCAGACAAAG